AAAAUCAGCUGUUGCCGCUAUUUUGAGUAAACGUGACCACGAGUCGACGUUGUUUUUACUAACAGGCAUUUAUUAUUAUGGCGAGAAAACGGAAAAUACCAGUGCGCAAGCAUCAUGGCAUACGCGAUCCACUCAAACAAAUCGAGCAGAAGGAGAAGAAGCUGGCCAAUGUGAUAAAUAAUCCACCGACGCAAAACGAGGAACAGCGCGCCUCGCACAAUUUUAAACAGUUUAAGAGAAUCGCCGAUGCCGCCAAAGCGGGCAAAAAGAUUAAAAUUGGUAGCAUAGGUAUAGAAGACAAGCCCAAAGUGCCAAAAACAAAAAAGACACAAACAGCUGCUGCGAGUGGACAAAAAUCUACCAAGAUUAAACAGUUUGAUAACGAGACAGAUGAUGAGUACCUGCGGCGAGUAAAUCGUAUAACUAGCGCUUCCGUCAGGGAGGCGCAAUAUGAGGCCAAAUAUGGGGUCAAUGUCAUACGCAAUCCGACAACGGGCGAAAUAACUGUGCAGAAGCGCCCCAAAAACGAGAUCGAUGAGCUGUUGAAGCAGAAGCAAAAAGAGCGCCAUAAUCUCAAAAAUGGACGUAGAAAACCCAAUCAAGUAGUAAAGCCCGGCAUGGAUGCCAAGACGCGCAAAGAGCUUAUAAAACGCGCCUUCAAGGAAGCCGAAGAAGAGAAAGAGCAAGAGGAUACCCCACUUCCAGAGUAUAAACGUGAUGUAUUUAAAUUUGGCGAAAUUGUGCAUGCCCCGCCAUCGCUGAAGACGCUGCCGCGUAAAGCAAGCAAGACUGAAACUGUGCCCCGACCUGGCCGCAAGUCGAAUCUGUUGCUUAAGAGUCUGCUUGAUAAAGAGGCGCCGCUUGCGAGUCCUCAAAAUCCGGCAACCGGCAAGAAGAAAGCCGCAAGUACGCCAACAAAACUUCAACUCAAGGGCAAGCGCAAAGAUUUGCCCGCAGCUACGCGCAACAUGCUCGAGGGCGAGCGCAGCAAAAUGGUCGAUUUGUACCGUCAGCUGAAAAAGGAACAAAACGAGGCGAGACAACAACAACCGUAGUAGUUAGUUAACAUUGUUGUAAUGUUCAUUUAAUUUGUAGCAAACAUUCAACUAUUGAAGAUGAGAAAACAAAACAACAACAAUAUAGUACAAUGUAUAUGUA